AUGAUUAUAAUAAUGAUAAUAGUAAUCCUUCCUUUUAUGUUUAUUCUAUCCAUAAUAAUAAUUUCAAAGAUUGGUGCGCGUGACACCGCUAUUCAACUGUCUUCAAACUAUUCAGAGAAUGAAAUGAUUGAAUUCUUUUGGGAUAUUAUCUUAUUGACUGAAUCAAAAUUUAUUUUGCCAUUCUAUUCAAACAGUCGAAAUUUUAAAUCUUUACAAAAAUUAAUUGUUAAAAAUAUUGGAAAUUUAUUGAAUUCAUUGAUCCAUGAAAGAAAACUUAAUAGCUCAAAUUUGAAUUAUCACUGGAGAAAGCUAGGAACACGAUAUACUUUGGUAUAUCUUCCAUUAUUUUUCAAAGAUUUAAUCUGGUGCAAGUCAGAUUCCAUCUACUUCCAUGUAAUUUUACCACAAGUUAACGAAAUCGAUGAUAGCAGUACGACUCAAUUGGAGAAAAAGAAAGCGUUGACUCAGAAUAGUAAAGAAUGGUUAUUAGCUUUAUUAGAGUUGGCAGAAUCCUUGAAUUUAACAAUGUUAAGAUUGUAUAUUAAUCGUACAGAUAUAGAUAACAUCUCAACUUUAUUAAGAAAUUUAAAUUGGAUCGGAGGUAAACUGGUGCCUAAUGAGGACCGAUCUAAUAUUCAAUCAAAUGACAAUGACAAUUGUAAUGAAUUUAACGAAUUUAUGUUAGGGGACGAGCAUUUUGUAAUUAUAGAAUUUGAAUGUUAA